UCCCUCUUGUAGAGUCUCUGGUGUGUUUUGGUCAAAUGGAGCAAUCCCCCCACCUACCGGCGAAGCCACACGACAACUGAGGACUUAUCUUAAUCGUGUCAGUGAAAGCUCUAGAAAGGGAGCUCAAACACCGGGCUGCACACUCUUUCGUUGGGUACAGGUGAAAUAUGCAAUGAGUGGUGCCAUGAAUUUUAAGAACUGCGGUUCUGUGUUGGUGACAGGAGCCAGCCGUGGGCUGGGGCUGCAGAUAGUCGACAGUCUGGCGAGUGGAGAUUUCUCACCUGGCAAGAUAUUAGCCACAACAAGAAACCCAGCGAGCGCGCAGAAACUACAGGAACUGGCAGCGAGACACCCUAACAUCCAUAUUAUCACUUUGGAUGCAGUGAACCAGGAGAGCAUAGAGAAGUCUGUGGAAGAGGUUGGCCAGCUUGUACAAGAAGAAGGCCUGAACUGUCUGAUCAACAAUGCCGGGAUUAAUGUGGUGGCUGACUUUCACACAGUUACUGCAGAGAAGAUGAUAGAAAACUUCCAUACUAAUGCUGUGGCUCCUCUGAUGAUAACCAAGGCGUUCCUGCCUCUGUUGAAGAAAGCUGCAUCCAGAGGAGGAGCAGGCGGUGCAGGGAGCAUGAGCAUCCACAGGGCGGCAGUCAUCAACAUGACAUCUCUGCUGGGCUCUGUUGAGCUUAACUGGGGAGAACGGGCCAACAACUUCAAGUGGUACCCCUACAGGACUUCCAAGAGUGCUCUAAACAUGGUGAGUCGCUGCAUGGCAGUUGACCUGGAGCCUGAUGGGAUUCUCUGUAUGGCCAUACAUCCAGGCUGGGUCCGCACUGAUAUGGGGGGGUCUCAGGCUCCACUGAGCCCAGAGGAGAGCAUCUCUUCCAUCUUGUCUGUGAUUGGUGGACUGACUGAAAAGGAUCAUGGGUCAUUUCUAAACUUUACAGGAGAGGUGUUGCCUUGGUAACCCUGGUAUUCCCAGUAAUGAGAGGCUCGAUUAUGAGUACCACUACCUGAUCGUAUGAUCAGCUUCAGCUAUGCAAAUAUGAAAGAAGUAAUGAGUCAGAAAUGAGUAAAGGUAUUCAGUAUUCUGUGCACUGUAGUUUGUCUGUGCUUCAUACUUUACUCACAUUAAACUGUGAGAGCAGUGCAAACUCUAAAUACCUCCAACAUGUUACAAAAAGAACAAGCUGUGUUUAGUAUUAAACAUUUAAGGUUACAAGAACAAAUACGCUGUGUAGAAAAUAAAACGUUUUAGGAUAUUAGAUGUUGAUCAAUCAGACUCAUUAUGUCAGAUUUAUUUUAAAACAUCUCCACAGAGUUACACUUUGAUUGUUUGUUAUGAAUACGUCACAGCAGAAUUCUGGAAAGCUGAAGGGUCUCAGUGCAUAUCUGUUCUGUGAAUGUCGUCAGCCCUGUAGCUCUAAAACAAUGGCCCAGGGUGCAUCUCAAAGCUCUAAACUGCAGUCUCCUCGCCAAAGUAAAGUUUGUCUGUUAGUAAAAACACUCGUUAUAUUUCCUGUCAGGUUAAAAAAGUUUCACAUGAGGUUGAUCAUUAAUGAGCACAGGGUUUGAAAAGAGUUGCAUGGUUUCUAUUUUCCCUUAAAAUAAUAAAUAAUUUAAUAAUGAGGCAUUUUAAAAGUAAAUCGAUCCGUGAUGCUUGAGGACAGAAUAAACAGAGAGCAGAUUCUCUUCAUGUGCAGGUGUUUGUUAAACAGGUAAACACAGAGACAGAGCUCUGUUACUGUUUAUAUUUAUCAGAGUUAUUACAGGGAACAUGUGUGCAGACACAAACAGCUGUUAAGGCCGUCAUCACAAACCGACGUCGCUUCACGUGACACUCCGGAGGAGAGGACGUCUCAUUUCUCUAAAUACAAAUCUCCUCUCUCCUCUGGUUUCAUUUCCUCGCAUCUCUGGUGGGCGGGACUAAGACAUGAGGAAAAGAAGCGAGGAAACGACGCGAGGAUUUACGUUUAGAGCUUUGAGAUGCAGCCCCAAUCUCAAUCUUCUCCCUGAACCCUGAACCCUGAGCCCUUCUUGACUUAAUUGACGUCACCUGGAAAGUGAUUGAGGGUAGGAGGCUGUAAGGGCUCAAAACUGUAUAACUGGGAGUGGGACAGCAGUAACCUGCAUGACGUCAUGUUGCUCACCUUAGCAGCAUUAGGAAUGUUAAUGCACAAUUUUUACUUCCCUUAAAUUCAAGGCGCUUCAGAGAUGGACUGACUGCCAUAGGAUCCAGGCUCUUACCGCACAGACUGCUUAACCACAAAAUUUAAAAUAUAUAAAUAUACAACUAUAGAUAUAUAAAUUAUACUGGAUAUACACGUGUGAAAAUAAAUAGAUUUAGGCUGAUUAAGGCUGCUUUCUACAUUUAUACUUAAAAACUUUUGGAAGGCCAACAUUGGUUGCACCUUUCAUGCAUCUUGUUUACCAUCUCUCUUUUUUAAAUUUCAUGUUAUUGCGUUCGUUUACCCUUCCAUGCUCAGGGGCUCCCCCUUUGAAAUCCUGUGUUUCACUUCACAAUGCUCCCUUACGCUAAGUCUGCAAAAAUGCCCACUUACGAAAAAGGGGGCAUAGAGGGAUCAGGCACACACUUGAAGAUUUGACAGUGGGACAGCCCUAAGCCAGUCAGUGAGUGUGAAUGUAAACAUUGAGAUAGGGCUAAAUUACUUUGCUCAGACAUCUGUAUUUGAAUGUAGUCCCAAAUGUGAUAUUGACACUAGUAUUAAAUAUAGUGUUUGUAACAAACAGUAAUGUAAGUUUAAACAGAUCUAGUUUGUAUUUAUUUGAUAUCCGAUGACCAGUAUCACCAAUAUGGAUGCUGUUGUUUAAACAGAUAAUGAUUAUAUAUAAUUAUGGAAAGCACACACAUAAAAAGCCAUUAAAGCUCCAUAAAACUGAAGUGUAGUGUGUUUGUGACCCAUUGUUGAGUAUUUGUUUAAUGCUAAAUUAAGGGACCCUAAAAUGUUGUGUGGUCCUGCUUAUAUAUCAUAGUAAGCAUUUUAGAGAAUAAAAAAGCUUUUAAAGCCACUGUACUGCUUGGAAAUUAGCUUUAUUUAUAGAGCAACUUUCAUACAAAUCAAAUUAAAUUCUAAGUGUUUUACAGCAAUUGAAAAAGAUAUAAUAUAUAAUGACUUUAUAUAAAACGCAAAUGGAUUUUUAAGUAGAGACUAUUGUUUUUUGAUUUGUUGUUUUGAGAUUGGACGUGUAUUUGUUAAGGCCUUUUUUUGCUAAUCUCAGUGGUUUUUCUUUCUGUGGCCCGUUUCUGAGCACAAAGUUUGUUCAUGCUAAGUUUUGAAAAAUUGCUGUUAAGCCUUUGAAACCUCUGAAUGUGGUCAGCCAGUAGUUUACAUGUUUACAUUUUGAUGGAAAUGAGAAUUAUCUGCUGUGAUUCCACUACUGAUUUGUAUACCAACACUACAAAACCAUAUAUAGCCAAUAUACUUUAUUUAGAUUGUAUUAUUUUACUAUUUACAGUGGUUUUAGCAGCUGUUUAAGAAAAUAACACGGACAUGUGUUGUGUUUUUUAAGAUUGCUUCUGUUAGGAGGAUUCACUUUAAACAGUAAUAAAGGUUUAAGUAUGAUCAAGUACAAGAGGUCUUCUGCUUUAUAGUUACCUUUGUAUUUAACUGUGAAAUGAAUAAGAAAGAUCUAACAGUGGCUGUGUUAGAGGGAUGUUUAAACUCACAGGAUCUAAGACAAAAAAACACUGACUCACAAGGAAAAUACGUUCUCUUCCUCAUUCUUUUAAAGGCAAGUUUAAGUAAUACUAAAACCUUUAGUUCCUGCAGGGCAACUUGUCAUGGUUUAUUGUUGAAGGGCAUGUUUUAUUUCUAAACACACAGUCCUCCAAAAAGGUUGUAAUAAGUGCAAAAUAACACAAAGAAUGUAAAUUUGAAUAAAGGUCACUCAAUAGUAAUCCUG